CUGCAACACACGGAGGCAGCAGUAAUGGCAGGCACGACUGCUUUGCCACUUCAGCAGUUCAUAGCAUCGUUGGACGACACUUGUCUGCCAAAAAUUCUCCAAGUUUGCUCUGGAGUGUAUUUCCAAGGGUCUAUUUAUGAAAUUUCAGGGAGUGAAGUGUGUUUUUCUACUGGGGAUCUAAUAAAGGUCAUAGGCACUGAGCUCCUGUCGGUUUGCUGUGAAGACAUCAGCAGCAAUAAGAAGUUUGAGCUGCCUAUCAACCACACAGGCCUGUUCAAGGUUGUUCCGGAGGAGAUGCCGUACAGUACAGUCGAGGAGAUGGUGAGCCUGAGGCCUGUGGGCCUGGAGUCCUGCCUUCCCUUCACUUUCACCACCCGCACCAAGAUGACCUUUGACAAUUUCACUCUGGGGUCCGGGAAAGCUUUGACGGUGCUCUCCAUUGAGCGGCACAAGGGUGAGGAGGAUCAGAUGCGCUGCCACGUUCAAGGACAACAGGAGGCCUCCGCGGAAGUGUGUAUCCCACUUUCUUCCCAUGGGGAGUUCUACGAGUGUGAGAGUGAGGAGUGCUUCACUCUGCGGGAGAUCAUGUCAUCGUCCAGCCUGCGUAGCCGAAGGUUUCGCUUCACCAACACCACCAAGUGUGACUCUCCCCUUCUCUUCACUCCAAUAUUCCAGGUCCACGCCGUCAUGAGCAUGAGGAAGAAUGUAUUGAAGUUUCCGUCCAGCUUAGAGGUGGAUGUGGUUGAUGUCACUGAGCAGUGUAAGGAUGUGAAUUUUGUGACCCCACUCAGUCUGACAGAGGUCCAUUCCAAGCCAGCUGAAUCCUUCCCUGCAGUCGUGGAGAUAUUGGAAGGCCCAGAAACCCACUCCAUGUUCAAGUGCAGCUGGUUGCAAGGACUUAGCCAGAACAGCCACCUGGUUUUCCACAAGAUAGGAGCCUCAGCCAUGAUUUUAUUAUCCAGUUUAAAGGCGCGAAAGGCACAGCAGUUCUUCCUGGUUUCUCAGCGAUAUGGUGGACGGUUUCGGAGGCGGCCCAGAGAGUUUAAUUCAGUGUACGAGCUGUACGUUGCUUCAAUCCAGGCGCCAGGUCUGAUGGUCAGUGUAACGAGGAACUGUGAGGAAGUCGAGGAGGAGGGCAUGCCUGCUCUCAGCGUUGGGGAGCGGCUGGUGGUUGUUCGCUGCGAAAGGAUGGAGUUGCCUUGCGAAAGCAGCGUGGGACAGAAGCAGUCUGUCGAGGCUCUUUUGUGUCAGCGUCUCGAAGAGCCAGAUGAUGGGGACGAUGAUGAUGAAGAGGAGGUCAAGCAGGAGGAUAAGAGAGAGGAGAUUUUUCUACCUCUGUACAUGCAGGGUCACUUUGUGGAGGUGCUCGCUGAUAACAAGAAGUACAGUCUCAGGGACCUGGGUAAGGAAUUUAGUUUGCCACUGGAUGUUAAAGUGGUGAGCCGCGAUAGCGAACUCGAGACCGAUCCACUGGUUGGGUUUGCAUGUCUCAGACUAGAGGGGGCUAUGUUAGAGCCCACCAUCCAGGCAAGCUUUCCACACAGACCAGACAGCUGCUUCGAGAUCCCAACCCAGUGGCUUUCUCUGUCUGUCUCUUUUACCAAGGACCCCCUGCCGUGGCCCAGCAGUCAAGCGCCUGAGUGCCGCGUGGACAAAGUUACUGAGGUGACAGAGACAUUCUUUUAUGAAUUUCGCAAAAAGGGGAACUCAGACGCAGUUCCUCCACCUCGACCACCAAAGAGAAAUCUGUCAUCUUCAAAGUCUUGCAAAAAAUCAGCAAAACCCUCAAAGAAAUCAUCCAAGGCAGACAGGUCCAAACAUCCACCAGGCAAAAGCGUCCCAAGCGAGGAGUUAGCCAAUUUGACUUUAAAUACCAAACGAAGGCCCCCAGCUCCCCCACCUCCAGCUAUUUCGGAUGAUCAGCCUCCGCCAGUCGUACCCAGAAAGCACUCGGGGGCUGAAAUGACAGCAGGCAAGGCUCUGCCAAACACCUACGUGAAAAUGGACGCGACGAAAAAAGUGCGGCUGUGCGACGUGGCAGCAGAUGUCGACAGCGACCAUGACUAUGAGACUGUGGAUGAAACUUUGAUGACGAUGAUGAAGAACGCACAGGAGAAUGUGAUGUUCUACUAAAAAUUCUGCUCUACUGCAACAGCAAAAUGUCACAUAUAGGCAGAGGGAACUGAAUUUAACAGCAACUAAGACAUAUUGCAGCUAUUAAGCUCUCUCAUCUUGAAUAAUGUUAUUUUAAUGUGAGAUUAUAGUCAAACCAAGUGACUGGUUGAUUCUCAUUGUGACUUAAUUUCGUCCUCGAAAUAAUUGGUUAGGAUAAAUUAGGUAUUUGGCUACAGAUUCCUGACAGCAUACUGAAUCUGCGAGGACCUAUGGGAAGGUUUUUUGGAUCCCAUGGAGAUUUUGGUGACUACUGACACAGUAGAGAAAUGUUUUAACAAAUGGGUUGCUCCGUUUUGAAUCAGGCGUUCUACCAGUGUGCACAGGGGUGAUUGUCACUUUUGUGGACACUUUAGUAAUGGCAAAUGUUUAAACACCAUCCUCCAGAAUAUCACAAAACAUAACUGCUUCUCAUCUGGUCAGCAGAACUCCUCAUUCUUCAACCACUCAUCUCAAUGCUCGACCUACUUCACUCUCUUCAAGGCUAUAAGUGCAACAUGAUACUCCACCCUCAAACUUUGAACAAAUACUACCCUUGUAGUAUUUACUGUUGUAUUUGUUGAACUAUGAUAUAGUACCUCUGUGCUUUUUGUUCAAACUUGUCAGCAAGUAGUUGCUCUAACUGUAUGGUAAUUUUGGGGGCCGUAGUUUGUAGUUGUAUAUACAAUAUUGUGCAAUACUAAGCAGUUACUGCAUGUAGUUCAUCCUGGAACAAAACAGCAACACUCUACAUUAUAAUACAGUCCAAUAUGAUAUCACAAACAACAGCCUUGAAAAUUACCAGACUUGAAUCAAUACUUUGCUGGCUUAAAACAAUUUACAUUUCUAAGCUUCAUAGUUUUUUUUUCUUUUUUAAUAUACAGGAGGUGCCGAGAACAGGUGUAGUUCACAGGAACGUUUUCAAACCCACUAUGAAAUAGGCAGGGAUCAAAGACCUAUGCCUAGAAACAUUCUUCCUCAAGAAUUGCGAUACAUAUGUCAAACUUGAAACAGAAAGGGCUCAAACUAAUUUAUGCUGCAACAGUCUUAACCACAAAGAUGAAAAAAUGGCACCUUUGCAGCUUGUCAUGUGGUCAUGGAUUCUAACGCUAGCAAUAGCAGAAGCUCUCUCAGCUGUCACUGCAAACUGAUGAUCUGACCAGUACAAAAAGGUGCUGCACGUUGUAUCAAAGUUUCUUUAAUUUAUGUCAUUGAAAGGAAUCAUUUGUGGACUAUUUUUCAAUUACAUACUGUGGAUUGACAGCAUUUUCCCAAAGAAAUAUAUGUUUUGCACUUUUUUUCUCAUCCAUUUUGCAAGACUCACUGCCAAAGACAUAAUGAGACAACGCAGAAGUUUGUUUUGUGUGCCAUGCUCAUUUCUUUUGGGGCUGAUGGAGAAGACUCAGGUUUUCACUCGGUUCACUGGCAUUAUCGAGAUCAGAGAGGUUGUGAUUUAUAGGUUUCAAUUCUAAAACCAAUACUUAUGACUUUUAGCAUAUCUAAAUUCACACAAGUAACCCCAUUGGUGCAAAGAAGGUGAAGGUAUCUAAUCAUCAUUGUCUGUCGAUUUGUAGUGGUCUUCGUCAAUGGUGGAAAAGAUGUGACCUUCAUUGCUUAGGAACUCCACUGCUUGCCUGUUAGAGCAAAAAGAGAAAUAUUAAUCAUAUUUUUGAAGCACUUUUUUUUCUCAAGCAAUGCAAAUAAAACGUUUCAACAUAUUCAAAAGUUUGACACUUCUGGUUUCGUUUCGAUACAUAUACAAUUUGAACAGGAACAAUCAGUUAAAAGAGAGAAAAUGAAUUAGCAACUAUUUUGAUAACAAGUCAUCAUUCUCAAGUGUAUGAAGUUGCUCUUUCAUAUUUUCCUCAUAACCUUUACAAUACAUCUUCACACAUAACAAGGACUGUAGAUUUUGCCCCCCUGUUUCUUCAUUGCAAGUGCAUUAUGAACAGAUCUUGUACAAGGUUCCAAU